GGCGCGGGGGGGCCCCCGGCCCCCCUGCAGCUCUGCUGUCCUGGCCCGCAGACAGCCCCUGGUCGGUGGCGGACAUCCUGACGGAGGAUGACGAGCAGGACCGCGUCCCGCUGCAGAAGCUGAAGCUGUUAGGGGAGUCAGAAGAACUGAGAGGCUUGCUUCUGAAUCCACAUCUCAGGCAGCUACUGCUGACAGUCGAUCAAGCAGAAGAUAAAAGCUCCCUCAUGAAAAAAUACAUGCAGGAGCCGUUAUUUGUUGAAUUUGCAGACUGCUGUUUGAGAAUUGUUGAACCUCCAGAGAAGGAGAACAUUCUUCCUGAGUGA